AUGAAGUACCUCAUCGCUCUCAUUGCCCUCUCGACCGUCGUUUUGACUCAACGCCCCACCGGACCGCAGCCAACCUACAGUCCAUGCCAGAUCUGUUACUACAUUGUCUCGCAAGCUGAGCAUCACCUUCACCGGGGACGCGUCGAGAAAGGAGAGCUUCAGAUUGCCCUGCUUGAGGAAUGCGAGAGCCUGCGCCGAUACCAAGGAUAUCAAGCCGUACAAACGUGCGUUCAAAUGGUCGACGACAACAUUAACACUAUUCUCAAUGACGUUAACGCCAACAAGAACGUCACGACGAUCUGCCAGGACAUCAGCCAAUGC